AUGCAAAUAUCAUUUUUCGCAAUUGUAGCUCACAAGGUCGAAGAGCUAGAAAAAGCAGUUAAAUUUAGAUUACGAGAAAGUCUUCCUACUUCUAUCUACAAAAAAUUCCCAAAGAGCUGUAACGCCGCUUCUCUUCCUUCUGGUACUGCAAGAUCCAGACCAGAUUUCUAG